AUGGCCCUCCCAACCCAUUUUCCACUGCAAAUUACUGGCGGGAAAACUGUCCAGAUCCCAUCUAUUGGUUUUGGAACUUGGGGUGGAGGAAAUCCGGAGUGGUGCAAAGAUGCCACAUUAACAGCUCUGAAGCUGGGAUACAGACACUUAGAUUGUGCUUGGAUGUAUGGUGUCGAUGAAGAGGUUGGGGCCGCGAUCCGAGAAUCAGGAAUCCCCAGAUCCGAGCUGUUCAUCACGACCAAGUUCUGGCCGCACUUCUCCGCCCCAGAAAACGUGGAAUUAUGCUUGGACCAGUGCUUGAAGAGGAUGGGCCUGGACUAUGUCGACUUGUUCCUGGCGCACUGGCCCGUCGCAUUCAAACCGAUAUCGAGAGAUGCCCUUGAAAACGCGGAUAAACGCAGCUUCGUCCCUACGUGGCAAGCGAUGCAGAGACUCGUAUCAACCGGCAAGACACGAGCCGUUGGCGUCUCCAACUUUUCCAUUUCCGAAGUCAAGGAGAUCUUGCCUUACGCUCAAGAGGUGCCGAUAUCCUGCAAUCAAGUCGAAGUUCACCCUUGGCUACCGAACAACGAGCUCAUCGCGUUCAUGAAAGAGCAUGGCAUUCUUGUGACAUGCUACUCCCCCUUUGCGGGACAAAAGGCGGACGGAGAGACGCUCCUUAAAGAUCCAACAGUCAAGAAGAUCGCCGAGAAGAAUGGUAUGGACGUCGGGCAGUUGCUGCAGAGCUGGGCUGUCCAGAGAGGCACCGUCCCUCUGGGGAAGAGCCAGACAAAAGCUCGAAUCAAAUCCAACCUCGCAGUAAGGGAGCUGUCGCCAGAAGACAUGAAAGCGCUUGAUAAGCUUGAAAUUCCAAACGGCAAGGGGAGGACAAUUGACUAUAGUGAUGAAUGGGGGGUUAAUCUCUUUACUAACUAA